CAAAAUCACAAGAAGCUAAGGGAGUUCAUCUGUUUAUUGAAAAUGUUUUUGAGAGCAACAAUUUUGGCAUUUCUGCUGGUGGGCUUGGCCGCCGCCACCUAUGAAAGAAAACCAUACCCACCUUGCGACAAGUGCAACUGCGUCGGGAAUGGGUGCAAGGGAAGAUUCCCGGCGGAGGCGGCGGUGGAGUGGCCGGACUUGGUCGGAGUUGAUGAAACAAUUGCGAGGGUGACCAUUGAGGAGACCAAUUCGUAUGUGACGGUGGUGACGGAGAAUGAUUACAAAAAUUGCCCGUAUCUGGUGGAUAGGUGUUGUAAUAGGGUCGUCCUUUGCGUUCAAUAUCACCCCACAAAUAAUGUGACCAAUGUCCCCAGGGUCGGAUAGAAUUGAAAGAAUUGAACUUCACAUUAUAUUCACACACAUUUUUUGUUUUACAAUUUUAAUACAUAUUACUACACCGAUCAUGAAUUCUUUCGGGUGUACGUAUCACAAAAUGAAAGUGCUAUUUCUUAAUGUACUAAAGAGUUGCAACAUCCUUUUUGGUCCAAAUAUUUGUAAAAGUUUGAUA